AUGUCUACUCAUGAUUUUGAUGGUAUAGAUCUGGACUGGGAAUACCCCGAAGCCGACGACCGUAACGGAAAGCCAGAAGACUUUAAGAAUUUCCCAAAGUUCAUGGCUAGGCUGAAAAACGAACUGAAAAAGACCCCUGGACGAAGCGAACUCUCCAUCACGCUACCGGCAUCCUACUGGUAUCUCCAGCACUUCGACCUCAAAGAGCUUGCUAAGCAUGUUUCAUUUUUCAACAUCAUGUCAUACGAUCUGCACGGCACCUGGGAUCAAGGGAAUAAAUGGACGGGUGCGUUCCUCAACGCUCAUACAAACUUGACAGAAAUCAAAUCUGCUUUGGAGCUGCUUUGGCGCAAUGAUGUGAAAGGAGACCAGGUCGUCAUGGGUCUCGCAUUCUAUGGCCGUUCAUACACAACCCAAGGCUGUGUAGAGCCUGGAUGUGUGUAUGCCUCCGGAGGUCUUCCAGGGCCAUGCAGCAAUGAGGCAGGCAUCCUUCUCAACAAUGAAAUUAUGGAUAUCAUCCAUGACAGAAAGCUGGUGCCAAAGCUGUACAAAGAGGCCACGGUCAAGGUUGUCACUUGGGAUGAUCAAUGGGUCUCUAUGGAUGAUCGAGAGACUCUAGCCAGGAAGGCCAAUUUUGCUCGUCAGCAAUGUCUCAGCGGGUUGAUGGUCUGGGCGAUCAGCCAUGACACUUCAACGGCAGACUUUUCACGUGAUCUAGCAAUGGUGUCAAACCGCCAAGUGUUGAUGCAACGAGCCGAAAUUGACACCGAUAUCAUCACAGAAAGGACCAACCAUAAGCAAUGCCACUGGACCAACUGUGGAGAUAGCUGUCCCGCAGGAUGGCAAAUGAUCAGACGCGAAGACGAUUGGAAGACAACGAAUCCUGAAUACAUGAUAGAUGAUACCCACUGCGAGGGACAUGGCUCGCGCUCCUGGUGUUGUCCUCCUGACGCCGAACUCCCAAAGUGUGGCUGGUAUAACUUCAAUAGAGGCAAUUGCAAGCCUGGCUGUGAGGAUGGAAUGGUUGAGAUUGGCUCGACAACAAACGGAUGCAAAAAGGAAGAUCAAUACCAGUCGGCAUGUUGCUCAGUGGAAGACGAUUAUGGAAAUGGGUUGAGCAGCAUGGCAGUCUACAAUACCUGUGAAUGGUCGAAGGAGAAUCCCCAGUGUGACGAUGGCAAGUGCUCUGGGUCAAAAAGCACAAUCCUUGGACAGUCCGGUCAAGGGAGCGGUGAUGUCUACUGUUAUGCCGGGGACGUCUGGGGCGAUCAUUGGCCAAAAAUUCAGCAUACCUUACGGAAAUACUGCUGCAACACAUCAUCUAAGAGCAACCGCUUUGAGAACUGCGAAUGGCGAAAUGACGUGGGUUUGCAUUGGGUCGGCCAAAGUUGCUUCUCCGGAUGUGACUCCAAUCAAGUGCGCGUGGCGAUGGACGGCUUUAACGAAGGCUGCUACAAAUCCGGUGCCCGAGCAUACUGCUGUGAUGCAGUCAGUUACACGGAGACUGAGCGCAUGUCUGAUGACCUGCAAAAAUUCAAAGAUGCACUCAUUGACUGGACAAUAGCUGUGGAAUGUACGAAUUAUUACUACUCCGCAACACCAGCCAAGUCUCUAAGUAUUCGUGAGGACGAUUGCGAGAUCUUUGCGUCACAUAUACUUGUUGCCCACCUGGUUGAAAUCCUCAUGGGUUACGAGUCCAAGCAAACCACCCACUGGCAGCGCUUGGUCAAUAUCUGGAACGAUGUCGUAAGCAACCAGCUCAAGAAUUUGAACACCCGCAUUAUGCUUCCGUUCGUUUUCUCGAAUACCUCAUUUCCAGAGCUCCUCGGAAACGGUUAUCAAACCACCGCCAAAAAUAUCCUAGAUGUUCCCGAUUGGUAUGAUAAACGAUUUGGAAACAAUGAUUCGGGGAUAACAUGCUCGAAGAGCCUGUGCGACUAUGAAGAUGGAUUCUGUGACCAGAUCGACGAAGACGACGACGAUAUGUUUACCCGACGCGAUCUCCAAUGGCAAAAGGACAAUGGACCUGCCCUACAGAAGCGUGCCAACGCCAACGCGAUGAAAUUCAGAUGUAUUGGAUUGGUUACAACUCAAGGCCAAAAAGCCGGAUCCAAAAAACAGGCAACGGUCAAUGAAGCCGUCGACUACAAUGAUGAUGAGGAUUGCGGAGACACUGCUGUACAAGAACGACAAGCGACAAAUGCGGAGCUCGACCCUCCAAAAGGAAAUAUACCCAAGUUCAACACGGAUCAUCUCCUCGAGAUCAAGUUGAUUCCCAAAUUUAUGCUAUGGGCUAUUGUGGCGGGGAACUGUCCUGUUGAUUGCGACUUCUUCAUCGAUUACUUCGGCGAAGAUAUCAUCCCCAAGACUGCAGAAAAAACACCAGGAAACAACCUAAUCCUCCAAAAGCCUAUUGCGCGAAUAAUGGAGCAGCUUGGAAGUAAAACCAAUUUCGAUGUGUUCCGGUUGAUGGACUCAGCUUUGAAUGCAGUAAAAGGCGAUCUCUGGAGUUUUGAUCGCCCAGAAAAUACUGCGUUUAAUGAUAUCAGAUGGCUGCCACUUGUCGACACUGAUGACAGCUCUGAAGCUUUAACCUUGCUACGAAGCGUCUUUUCCGUUUAUAAUUACCAAAAUUCAGGCAAUUUUCAGAAACGAUUCAAUAUUGUCUACAAGAAGAUUCGUGGCGAGUUAGAUCUGGCAGCAACCGAAUACUUCAAGCUUUCUGGAAAUGCAGUUGACCUUGGGGAGUGUUGGGAUCGGUUUUUCAAAAUCCAAAAGGACUUGAUGGUGAACUUUGGAAGGAAAUUUGUUGAGAAAGGAAUCGAAGAUUUAGCCGCUCGAUGGGCUAAGGAUUCGAACAAGGAGAAAGCUGAGGUGAUUAAUCAGGUGCUGAAACGGUUGAGGGAGAAGAUGGGGCAGAUCUAUAUGAAUGAUUUCAAAGCAGAGUAUCAACCAUCAUGGGAGUGA